GCGUGAGCUUUUGCGGCUUCAAUUACCCCUUUCUUCCGUUAGCUUCGGCGUCUUUCAGGUGCUGGGGGUGAUAUAGAAUGGUUUAAUGUUAACUUCACGUUUCUGCGUAAUUAUUUAAACUAAUUUAUCCUGCUUUGGGCCUUUAUCUAUUUAUCUGUUUAUCGACCACUUGGCUGUAUAUAUUUUUAAAAGCGUAGUCCUAAUCGUUUUCACGUCGCGGUGCUAGCCGAAAUAUUUAGCAAGCUAAUUCCGUUGUCUAGAUAAUUCAUAUAUUCCGACUAAAAACCUAAGGAUAUUUUACUUUACUUUUAUUCCAGCUGUUUUUUAGUUUACCAUGGCGACCGCCACUUCCACCCCGGCCGGCCAGAGAAUAAGCACGCGCGCGAGCACCGGCGCAGGCACUCCUCUGAGCCCCACGAGGAUCACCAGGCUGCAGGAGAAAGAGGAGCUCAGCCACCUCAACGACCGCCUCGCCGUUUACAUCGACAAAGUCCGGAGUCUCGAGUCUGAGAACAGCGUUCUUCACCUGAAGAUUUCUGAGAAGGAGGAGGUGAGAAGCCGGGAGCUGACCGGCCUCAAGUCUCUCUAUGAGAAUGAGCUGGCGGACGCGCGGCGCUCUCUGGACGACACGGCUAAAGAGCGGGCCAGGCUGCAGAUCGAGCUGGGAAAACUCCGAACCGAGCAUGAACAACUGCUGCAGAACUACACUAAAAAGGACACUGACCUGGCUAACUCUCAGGCCAGGCUGAAGGAUGUUGAGGCACUAUUGAACACUAAGGAGGCCAGUCUGGCCACAGCCUACUCUGAGAAGAAAGGCUUGGAAGCAAUGCUAGCAGAUCUGCAAGCCCAGAUACAGGAGCUGGAGGCCGGACUGGUCUCUGCUAAGAAGCAGCUAGGAGAAGAGACUCUGCUGAGGGUGGACGUGGAGAACCGCUGCCAGAGCCUGGUAGAGGAGCUUGACUUCCGCAAAAACAUGUUUGAGGAGGAAAUUAAGGACACCCGGCGCAGGCACGAGACCCGUCUGGUGGAAGUGGACUCUGGCCAUCAAAAGGAGUACGAGUUUAAGCUGGCUGAGGCACUGGCGGAUAUGAGGCAGCAGCAUGACGAGCAAGUCAAACACUACAAGGAAGAGAUGGAGCAGACCUACCUGGCCAAGAUGGAGAACAUACGCCUGUCUUCAGAGAUGAACAGCAGUUCAGCAAGCUUGGCACGGGAAGAACUGAAGGAGUCUGCUUUGAGGGUCGAGAGUCUGGCGGCUCAGCUGGCAAGCAUGCAGAAGGAGACACGAGGCUGGCAGGAUCGCAUCAAUGAACUGGAGGCUGCCCUGGCUCAAGAGAAGGAUAUAAGUCGCAGGAUGCUGGCUGAAAAAGAGCGCGAGAUCGCUGAGAUCCGAGCCAAGAUGCAGCAGCAGCUAGAUGAGUACGAACAGUUGCUGGAUGUCAAACUGGCCCUGGACAUGGAGAUCAAUGCCUACAGGAAGCUUCUGGAGGGCGAGGAGGAGAGGUUAAAGCUUUCUCCCAGCCCCUCGUCUCGUGUGACUGUGUCUCGGGCCUCGUCCAGCCGCAGCGUUCGCACCACACGUGGGAAGAGGAAGCGUGUAGAUGUGGAGGAGUCUGAAGCAAGCAGCAGUGUCAGCAUCGCCCACUCAGCUUCUGCCACUGGCAACGUUUGCAUCGAUGAGCUUGACGUAGAUGGCAAGUUCAUCCGACUGCACAACAACUCUGAUCAGGACCAGGCAAUGGUUGGGUUUGAACUGACUAGAAUUAUUGGAGAAACUUCUGCUACCUACAAGUUCACUCCCAAAUAUGUCCUGAAAGCUGGACAGAAAGUCUCUAUCUGGGCAUCUAAUGCAGGUGUGAGCUCCAACCCUCCCACUGACCUCAUCUGGAAGACCCAGAGCUCCUGGGGCACUGGUGAGAACAUCAAGGUGGUCCUGACCAACCCUGAGGGAGAGGAAGUCGCUGUAAGAAGUACAGUGUUCCAGACAGCCACAGUAGAAGAGGAGGAUGAUGGAGUGGAGGCCAUUGAGGAAGAAUUCUUUCUUCAGCAGGGAGAACCACCAAGAGACGGUGCCAAGAGAGGUUGCUUGAUCAUGUAAGAUCAGGAGACACUACACACCACCUAACUCUUCCACUACAGCAAGGUUCAGCUGCCAACUCUACAACCACCUCAGAACUAUUUUUGUAUCACUUGUGUAUGAUAAAAUAAGUGAAUUUUUUUUUUUUUUUUUAGUUUUAAUGGAUUUUAUUCCUUUUUGGUACAUUUCUAUUUUUUGUAUGUGAAUUCACAAAAAAAAGCUUCAGUUUUCUUUCUAUGAACCAAAAUCUAGUGAUCAGUGGGGGAAUGUAGUGAGACUGAGAGCUCUGUGACAAGUAGGCAGCUUUUUGCAAAAUUACCAAGUCCUCCAGGUGCUGUGAUUUUUACCUUAUUUCUCUUUUUUUUUUUUUUUUUUUUUUUUUUUUAAACAUAGCAUUUUAAGGGUAUCUUUAUAGAAAAGUUAUAAUUUUAUACUAGUUUUGUAGUUUUUAGUCAGCCACGUUGUUGUGUAUAAUGCAAUGUAGACUAAAUUCACACAGGGAAGGGUAAAAACAGACUGCUGUUUCAAACACCAUUUUGAAAAUGGAGGGUUAUUGGAUAUAUCCUAUUGUUUAAGAUCCAGGACUGUUAAAACGGCAAUGCGCCACAAGGUGGCAGUAUAGUCACAUUUGUUUCAAGUCAAAGAGGCUUCAUUAGACUUUCUUUUGACUCUUGAUUAAUCAUGUGCAGUGUCAGUUUUUCCCCCAUUUUUAAAAAUACCAGUCUUCUGUCUUGCACUGAGGAAAAAUGCACUCAUGCAAAUAUGUUUAACUGACAAGAUUAAGAAGCAUGAGAUGUGUAAUGUUCUUGAGCUACUGUAAUUUACAGCAGUUUAUGGAAGCAGUCUGUAAUUUGGCUACACACCAUCUCUCAUGGUGAGACACUAAAGCAGCAGGGCAUAAUGGGUUCGUUUAUAUCCAAUUCCCUCUUAAGAAUUAGCCUUGGGUGGAUGUGAUCAUUAUUUUAUGCCAGUUUGUCCAUCUUAUCUAACUAUGAAUAGUCUUAUGCUUUUAUUUUGAGUAUCUUAACCUUGAGUAGAAUUGUGGGUUGUCUUUCAUGUCACUUGCAUGCUUUUGCUCUAAACCUUUACAGUUUGUAAGUCAAAAUAAAAUUUUGUUGUAUUUUCUA